AUGCGCGUGAGUUUAUAAACAAAACCGGUGUCUCCUAGUGGACAGUCAGUGGCCGACAAGCGUCUCGAACGUUGUACUUAUUCGACAAAAACUUUAACACAACUACCAUCAAAGUAACAUAAUUAUUCUUUUUUUAAAAUGGAGAAGCUGUGCCUUUUUUUCGUAAUUGCUCUUUUCGCCAGCGCUCUGGGACAAGAUGCACAAAAUCCCGAUGACUUAGAAGACAGGUAUAACCAAAAUUGGUUUGGGAACCAAGGCCAACAGAGGCCAAACGGAUUCCCAGGGCAAUUCCCUGGCCAGAACCAAUUCCCAGGGCAAUUCCCCGGUCAGAAUCAAUUCCCCGGUCAGAACCAAUUCCCAGGGCAAUUCCCCGGUCAGAAUCAGUUCCCCGGUCAGAAUCAGUUCCCCGGUCAGAAUCAGUUCCCCGGUCAGAAUCAGUUCCCCGGUCAGAAUCAGUUCCCCGGUCAGAAUCAGUUCCCCGGUCAGAAUCAGUUCCCUGGAUGGACUACCCAGAGACCACAAACAACUACAUCUGCCAGUGGUACCACAACCACAACCAUGUCGCCAGCUCAGCAACAGUGCAUCAGGUCUUGCCCUGUGACUGCUGAAUACAACCCUGUUUGCGGUUCUAACGGUGUCACUUACACUAACCCUGGAAGACUGUCCUGUGCUCAAAUGUGUGGUGUCUCUGUGAACCUACAAAGAUCAUCGCCUUGCCCCACCCCGCCACCGACCGUUGACGGCGUCCCCCAAACCAACUAAUUUAUUAUUUUAAUAUUUAAUAAUAGGACUGAAUAAAUUAUAAUUUGAAUAUUUUUGACAGUAUAAUAA